GUGCGAGAGAGCGAAAGAGAGAGGGAGGGAGGGCUAGAAAGAGAUUAACCAAGAGAGCCCUCUAGAGCCACCGCCAUCGUUCACCCCAGGACAGAAAGAGAGAGAUCAUCACUUGUUUUCUCAGAGGGAAAGAGAGGAAAAAGGGAGAAUGACUGCUCCAUGGAGGAUAGGUGUUGUGGUGAUGCUGAAGCUUGUGUCUUCUGCAGAGGCUUCAAUGACUGAACCAGCCAUCUGCUACAUACUGGAUGGAAUCUUGCUCUUCUACUGCAUCAUCACCACCUUGCUCUUCGUCAGAGCCAAGUGGUGUAAGUCUUCACCUGAACCCAAAGAGGACCCCACCCAUGAAGAACUCCAGCCAGGUGCUAAUGCUGAUGACCAACAGUCUGCAGCUACUAGACGGAAGCGCAAACAGGAAGCUAGUAGCGACACAUACCAGGCCCUCCAGAUAAAAGAUGAUGGAAAUGAUGACUACCAGGUGAUCAUGUCCAAGGGGAGGAACAAGAAGGCCCAAGUCCCCCAGCCUCUCAGUGCAAAGACUCAGACCCGGGCCACUGCCCCACCAAUACCUCCACACUGAUCUGACCCAGUCAUCCCUGGGCAAGGAGGAAGCAGUCGACUCCACUUGCAGCUCUGCCCUGCACUGACCCAAUCUCUGAAGAGUACCUUCUAGAUUAUUUCCCGAGUUCUAUGUGCAUAACAGUCUUCUACCCCUGAGCUCAGCUCCCUGGCCUGUUAUUGCAUAUUACAACUCAGCAGAAAAGUGUACAUGUCUUGUCAAUGUGUAUUAUCAUGUCAUUUGUUAAGUCCAUCUAUGGCUGUAUGUGGUAAUGUCAACAUUAUGACCGUAAUAAAAGACUGGAACGUUCCAAUGUUAAAACACCUGGAAAAUGGUUUAAUGACGUUUACAACAAAAGAGAACUGUACAGUUACAGUAAAAGAUUCAUCUUUAUAUACAUAUAAAAAACUCAAACAAAAAUACAGCAGACAAAUGCAUCAAAUCUACCAUGUAUCCUGAUUCACAUACUUAAUGUUCUACACAAUCUUUCAGUUCUAUAUGCUGCCAACCGCCAUGUCUGGGGGGGAGUUCUUAGUUGGAUAUGAGGCAUGUGUCCCCGUGGCAACAGUAAGCAGUGUUCUAGUCCAUGGUGUAACAGUGGAACCGCGCGUCACAACGACAGCAUGGCUCCCAGAGUUCUAGAGUGACAGACGGUGUACUCAGAGGAAAAACUAGUCAGAAGAUAGGGGCACAUUCCUUUAGUUUAGCCCAAGCUUGGUUUACAGAGGGAGAAUUAUCAAUAAUUUUACAGAAUG